CUUCAUCUAAUCUGAUUUCUCGCCAUAAGUUUCAUAAAUUCAAGAUUAUAGAGCUUGAAAUAGCAUGGCAUUUCUUUCCCACAUCAAAUGGCUGUAUCGCGAAUUUGGACUCAACUCUCUUUAUGAUGCGGGACGAGAUGCUUGGCUUAUCAUCUUGGCGAGAUGUUGUCGCAUGUUUGCGUUUGGGACGAAUUCCCUUAUCCUCGCGCUGUUCUUCUCGUCACUUAAGUUCAGCGACUCGGCUAUUGGACUGUUCAUGACGCUUACUCUCCUUGGAGAUGUGCUGUUGUCACUUCUUCUCACACUGGUGGCGGAUCGAGUCGGAAGACGGAGAGUGCUGUUUUGUGGUUCUGUGCUCAUGGUCCUUUCUGGGGCAGCAUUUGCUUAUUUCGAGAAUUACUGGAUUCUGUUGAUUGCUGCGGUACUGGGGGUUAUCAGUGCGACGGGAGGAGAUUUCGGGCCUUUUAGAGCUAUUGAAGAGAGCAUUUUAAGUACUUUGACGAAACCUAACACGAGAGCUGAGGUAAUCAGCUGGUAUGUUACGACGGCGACUCUUGGGCAGAGUGUUGGGACAGAAGUUGCAGGGAGAAUUGUGCAUGCUUUGCAAGGGAAAGAGGGCUGGACUUUGACGGAUGCUUAUCAUGGGGUGUUUUGGAUGUAUUCCGGGAUGGGAAUGGUGAAUAUGAUUGUUAUGUUGUGUUUGAGUGAUAAGUGUGAGGCGAAAAAGGUUAUUCAAGAUGUUAAGGAGGUAGAAGAAGCGGAGAUUCUGCUUGAUGGCGAGGAAGAGAGGGAGACGGAUGAAGGGACUGCAACGCCAAUAGAGCCAACAAGCCCGAAACCGAUGAAACAGAGCUUCUUUGCUCAGAUAUCAAAGGAUACGCGGUCGUCGAUGUAUAAACUUUGGUUCCUCCUGAUUGUCGAUUCUCUCGCGGAUGGAAUGGUCCCGUUAUCUUUAACAAAUUACUACAUGGAUCAGAAAUUCCACUUGCCGAAAUCCACACUGGGAGACAUCACUUCGGCAUCCUACUUUCUCGGAUUCUUCGGAACCAUCUUCGCAGGCCCGCUUUCUCGACGUCUGGGACUUGUGAAUACGAUGGUAUUCACGCAUCUCCCCUCAUCGGCCGCUGUCCUCGUCUUCUCUCUACCGAAGACUGUUUGGUUGAGCGUAGUACUGCUUCUUGUGCGAAUGGGAUUAAACAACAUGGACCAGGCGCCGAGAACUUCGCUCAUAGCUGCAAUUGUGAGACCGGAAGAAAGAACGGCUAUCAUGGGAAUCACGAGUAUGUUGAGGACUCUCGCCUCGACGACUGGACCCACUGUCACUGGGAUACUGGCCGGGCAACAGAGAUUCUGGAUCGCGUUCGUUGUUGCUGGUAGCUUGAGGAUUGCUUAUGAUCUGGGUUUGUGGGCUAUCUUUAUUAAUCUGAAAUUGUUCCAGAAUGAGGAGAAGGAUGGAGAUGGAGAGGGAGAGGUGCUGAUGAGGCAAAUUGUGAGAGAUGGUGGAAGGGAGAGGGAGAAUGAUGAGGAAGAGUUGAGGGACCUGGUUAGUGAGAGUGGAAGCGAAAGUGGGAGGUCUUCUGGAUCUUUGAGAAGGGAAAUGAAGGAGGACGAGCUGAAUGACAGUGGAAAGUAGGUGGAGUAGAUGGCUGGACGCCCUACAGAAGUGAAUCUGGAACCAGAUUUUGGUGCAGGACAAUUCCAAUGUCCAUUCCCAACAUUGAUCUUUGAAACAUCGAAAGUAGGGAAACUUUUAGAGGACUUGAAAGGACAUAGCUGACUGGAUCUGAAAGAGGAAAUACCCGUAAGCGAGCCCCUUUUCAGGCGAGGAGGGACAAGGAAAUUUUGGCUAAAAGGGAAAGUCGGGGAGUCUCCGGCAACUUUAGUACUCAUUAAAUUAAUACUUGAAGUCGAACAUUCGCAUCUAGACAAUAUUUAGAAUAACUUGGAAGAUUCUUGCAGCCCC